GGGUGGGCGGGGCUUGGUCUCCCGCGGUCUGUGGCAAGUUUGGACUUGUGCUGCGGAGCCGCGGCGGUCGCGUGUAACGGUGACAGACGGCGGCGCCCUGGAGCCGGAAGUGGAGAUAUUUUAAUAGCUGUUUUUAUUGCUAAAUGAGCAAUGGUGAAAAGAAAGGAGUCGAGUCACCCCCAGGGCAUGCCCGGGAAGAAAGCGCGAGUGGACGAUGAGCGGGAAGGCCGGACCUCCGCUGUGAACGGUGGAUCUCAGUCCAGCACGGCUGAAGUUGGGAUCAUUGAAAGCAUUUCCUUGAAGAACUUCAUGUGUCACGCGAUGCUCGGGCCAUUCCAGUUUGGACCAAAUGUCAACUUUGUUGUUGGAAACAAUGGAAGCGGUAAAAGCGCGGUUCUGACAGCUCUUAUUGUCGGACUGGGUGGAAAAGCUGCCAUCACCAACAGAGGAUCCUCUAUCAAGGGGUUUGUGAAGGAUGGACAGACGUCAGCAGAUGUUUCCAUAAAGUUGCGGAACCGAGGAAACGACGCGUUCAAGCCUGAGGUUUAUGGAGAGUCCAUUAUUGUGCAGCAGCGCCUCACUACAGAUGGCAGUCGCAGUUACAAACUGAAAAGCUCCUCAGGCUCAUUGGUUUCCACUAAGAAAGAAGAGCUCACUGCAGUCCUUGACCAUUUCAACAUCCAGGUUGACAAUCCAGUAUCUGUUCUAACACAAGAGAUGAGCAAGCAUUUCCUCCAGUCCAAGAAUGAAAAUGACAAAUAUAAGUUUUUUAUGAAGGCAACACAAUUGGAUCAGAUGAAGGAAGAUUACUCCUACAUCAUGGAGACCAAGACCAGGACUCAUGAUCAAAUCAAUUUUGGAGUGGAGAGACUUCAGGAGCUGAAACGCAUGUGUAUGGAAAAAGAAGAGAGGUUUAAAAGCCUGGCCUCAUUAGGGGAAAUGAAGGAAAAGCUGGAGGAUCUGAAGCGUAAGAUGGCCUGGGCCAUGGUUACCGAAACUGAGAAGCAAAUCCUUCCAUUCAGGGAGCAGAUAGCUGCAGAGGAGGGGCGCACGGUCAAAUUUGACCAGAAGAUCAAUGAAUGGCAGGACAAAGUGAAAGAUGCUCAAGCAGGUUUUCGGGCCCUCCAAGAGAAACUGGAGGACAUCAGCAGGGAGGCCCAAGCACUAAAACCACAUGGUAUUGCUUUGAAAGAAGGCAUGCAGCAGAGGAAGCGGGCUUAUCAUGAGUCUGAGGUUUUGUAUAAUCGGUUCAGAAUGGAACUGAAACGUCUGGAAAGGGAUGCCGAGCAGCUUAAUAGACGUAUCCAGGAGUUACAAAACAGCACAGAUAAUGUAUCUGAGGAAGAAAAGAUGGCACGGAUGGGAGAAAUAAAUCAGCUGAAAGAUAAAAUUAAGGCACUUCAUGACCAAGACAUUACGACUUCGGAGCAGAUCAACCAGUUUCAACAAGCACUUUAUAGGGAUAAGGAAGAACGCAACAGAAUUGUUAAUGCAGAGCGUGAUCAGAAGCAGAAAGUGGAUGCCCUCAAACGACAGAUAAAGGAGUUACAGGACAGUAAGACGGACCGGUUGAGAAGAUUUGGGCAGCACGUGCCUGCUCUGCUUGCCGAAAUUGAUGAGGCAUACAAGCACAGACGGUUCAGGAAGAAGCCCAUUGGCCCAUUAGGGGCUUGCAUUCGUUUGAAAGACCCUCAGCUUGCCCUUGCAGUAGAAAGCUGUCUGAAGUCUCUGCUCCAUGCCUUCUGCUGCGACAAUCAUCAGGAUGAGAGAAUGCUGCAGAGCAUCAUGUCUAAGGUCUGCCCUCAUGGUCAGAGGCCUCAGAUCAUUGUCAAUGAGUUCCGCAAUGAAAUGUAUAAUGUUUCCAGAAGAGCUGUGAUUCAUCCAAAGUAUCCAACUGUCUUGAGCUCUUUGGAAAUCGAUAGCCCCGUAGUUGCCAACUGCUUGAUUGAUAUGAGAGGAAUUGAGACAGUGCUGCUAAUAGAGAGUAACAGUGAAGCUCGAGAAGUAAUGCAGAGGAGGACUCCACCCGCAAACUGCAGAGAGGCCUUUACCGCGGUUGGAGACCAGGUGUAUAAAAACCGCUAUUACUCCUCUGAAUUCAACAGAGCCCGAUAUCUGAGCCGUGACGUGGAAGUGGAAAUCAGCCACCUGGAAAGAGAAGUCAAUGACAUUAUUGGCCAGAUGUCCACCAUUCAGCAUCGGGUGCAUUCCACUGAUGGUGACAUCAGGAAAAAUGACGUCUUACUCCGCCAACAUCAUGAGACAAAGAAGAGAAUACAGGUUCAGAUAAGGGAAGCUAAUGCGCGGAUAACAGAACUGGAGAAUGUGGAGGAACAGCCGUCCAUUGACAUAUCUACAUUGGAGGGUGAAGUGCAAGAGAACAAGAAGCGAAUUGAGCUUGUGAGGGAGAAAAUGGAGAAGGCAAAGCUGGAAAUGGAGGAGUAUAAAUCCGUGCUGCUGGAGACCGAGCGUCAGUAUGAAGACAUUAAAGCAAAAAUCAGCUCCGUGUCGGAGGUUGCUGAACCAGUGAAGGAAGAUCUUCACAAAGUGGACCAGGAAGUGGAGAACUGCAAGCGUCACAAGAAACACUACGAGGAGAAGCUCAAGGAGCAUUUAAAUGGGAUUAAGAAGCACAAAGACGAACUGAAUGCCAAAGAAAAAGACCUAGAGGAAAAAAAUUCUAAGGCCAAACAGAUUUUUCCUGAGAGGAUUGAGGUUUCCCGCACGGCCAAGAGCUUGGAUGCUGAAAUUAACCGCCUUCGAGACAAGAUCAACUCAGAACGUGAUCUUCAUGGGAACAGAGAAGAGAUAAUAAAAGAGUACCAUGCUGCAAAGGAGAACUAUCAGGAGAUGGAAAGUAAAAUCAGAAAUCUGAAAGUGUUUGUGAAAUUGUUAGAUGAUAUCAUGACUCACCGACACAAGGCGUAUCAGCAGUUUCGAAGGUACCUUACGCUUCGAUGCAAGUUUUACUUUGAUUCCUUGCUGUCUCAGAGGUCCUAUUCUGGGAAAAUCGCGUUUGACCACAAGAAUGAAACUCUCUCAAUCACUGUCCAGCCCGGGGAAGGAAACAAGGCAGCGCUGUCCGACAUGAGGUCGCUUUCCGGAGGAGAACGAUCAUUUUCUACCGUCUGUUUUGUGCUUUCUCUCUGGUCAAUCGCAGAAUCGCCCUUCAGAUGUCUGGAUGAAUUUGAUGUCUACAUGGAUAUGGUGAAUAGGAGGAUAUCGAUGGAUAUGAUGCUUGCCAUGGCUGAUUCUCAGCGGUUUCGGCAGUUUAUUUUGUUAACACCACAACAUAUGAGCUCGCUUCCUUCUACUAGUCUUAUAAAAAUUCUCCGAAUGCAGGAUCCUGAACGAGGACAAACCGCUCUGCCCUUCCAGCCUGUAAACAAUGAGGAGGAAGAAAACGAUUGAGCGGAAUAUAAAUCCUUGAAUGUUGGGGGGCAGUAGUCCAUUUGAUGGCCGCUCUGUGUACAGUAUUUUUUUACGUUGCGAUGCCCAGCAGAUGAAGAUGUUACUCCGGUGGUUUGUUUCCAACAGAGCAUUACAAUAUUAUGUUUAUAUUGUGUUGGUCAACUGGUUGUGUUCUGAAAGAGUUAAAAUAUUGGAAAAGAAAGGUUUGUUA